AUGAGCAAAUACAAUUUGCUUUAUUUAGGUGCUGCCUGGAUUCCUGUGCCAAUUGUUGAUACAAUUGCUAUUUCGUCGAUUCAGACGCCCAUGGUCAUAUCGUUGUACAACUUAGCACCUGUUAUAGUCAGUUUGGCAGCUGGUUACUCUGUCUCCAUUGUUUGCAAGUUUUUUUUCGGUGUUGGAUCAAUUGUUGGUGGCGCGCUAGAUGCAGCCAUUGCAUCAUUUGGAACGGUCAUUAUCGGUUGUCUCGUCACUCUUUAUCUUUUGCAUUAUGUUUAUGACGGCUAUCAACUCAUGAACAAAGAUUCGUUGGAAGAGAGUAUCCAAUCAUUCAUGAAAUCAGAAGGCUUCAAAAAUACGAUAAAUGACCUAAAGCAGUUGACCAAGAAUCCGAAGAAUCUUACAAAUAAGGCCAUCACUGAUGUUAUAGAUACAAAUAGAAGCUAA